AUGAUGGACGCAUUGUCAGUAGUGACUCAGCUGCGAGACCUGGCCUCAGAGCCACAAAACCGGGAGACCAUUGUGCGAGAUCAAGGAUGCCUUCCAGGACUUGUACUCUUUCUAGACCACAAAAACCCACAAGUGGUGUUUGCCACACUGCAGACACUGCGGUACUUGGCAGAAUCACGGCAGAACAUUGACACUAUGAAGAAUGAGCUGGGCAUGAUGGUGAGCCUAGAUAGCCUGAAGGAGAAGGAAAAUUUAACAGAUGACAUCACUACCCUUGCAAAAGAAGUGUAUGGCAUUUUGAAUGCUCCGGUGAACGCAGAAGUUUCCAGAACCCCUGAGCGUCGGAGAAAGACAAAUAAACCCCAGUUCUUCCUUAACAGCUCCAAUAAGAAGGCCAAAUCAGUUACCCUUCACAUACAGGGUUUAAAUGGAACGGAUGAGCGGAGUAUGUGUGAGGACGCCCUGUUAAAGGUGAAGGGUGUGAUUAGCUUUACUUUCCAGAUGGCACUGAAGAGAUGCACUGUACGCAUCCGAGCAGACCUGCCCACGGAGAGUCUGGCCACUGCCAUCGCUGCCACUAAUGUUCUCACAGCUCAGCAAGUUGUGAAAAAUGAUAGUGGAGAGGAGGUUCUUAUCCCACUCAGUACAUGUGUCAAAGGCAUUGAGGAGAAUUCCCUUCUGCCAGAAUAUCUCCCUGAGGACGAGAGUCCAGAGAAAGAGAUGGACCGCGCCAUUUCUCGGACAGCCGCUAAAGAGGACGCCGGAGGUAGCUGGCUGAAUGCCGCAGCAAGUUUCCUCAGCAAAACAUUCUACUGGUGA